UAGGAUUCGUAGGGAUCGGGUAGCUGAGUAUAAACUGCGUUGUAUUUCUUGUUUCCGGUGAACAAAAAGUUGAAAUUCCAUUUCGGAAUCGGUUUCAAAAACCGAUUCCGAAAUUGCACAAUCGCGAUUAGCUAAAUUUUAAUUAAAUUGUCAUAGUUCGAAAAAUGUCAAAAAAAUGUUCUGUGAUUUGUUCCGCGUGAUAUUUAGAAUAAAAAUUGAAAAAGUUAAUGCCGAGAUUUUAAAUUGACGCUGUACAGUCGCAAGUAAUCUGCAUGGCACGUCGGAUAACAGUGCGAGAAGAACGGUGCCGACGGACUGAGAUGUAUAUCUUGCUCUCAUUUGAAAUUGUGAAAAGUUCGAAGAGAUCUCGUCGUGACCAAUUGUGACAACCGAUAAGCCGACGAAAGAUAAAGACCUGCAAUUGAUGUAUACAUUCGAUCAAGUGAUUGCUAGACUUGAAGACUUUAAAUAAAACGACCUAAUCAACCGUUACUUAUCACAAGUUCUGAUCCAGUAGAUUGAUGUAAAAUAAUGUGUCAAAUGUUCUAAUAAUUAGACAAAUUUCUCACGAGUGUCAUCGUCACAUUUAACAAGUAGACAUUGACAGCAGAAGAGUUUUGUGUUUCAAAUCUUCGAACGCGGUCGUUCCACCAACAGACGUAGUCGCGAAAAAGUGAGAGGAACACACGUCACAGACUCUUAUAUAAAAAAUAAUUAAUAAUUGAAGCAAGGAAAAGGAGAAAAAGGAAAGCGGAAAUGGUCGGCGGCUUCGCUCUUAUGCGCGGCAAUUAUGUUAAGUGGCCAAUUAGCAAUUAACCGGGGAGCCGAGUCGAGCGGCCCCUUAAUUGCGCCUGGGAAGAAGGUGGUAACGGAGGUGGAGUGAACUGGAGUGACUGAGUGAAACGGGAAGAAGUGCAAUAAGGUGCACACGCAUCUUGACGUGAAUAUCUGUCCCACGCGCCAUAUUAUAUUCCGUAAUAUUCUCGCAAGUUGUUACCAUCGUUUUCGGACUUGUACGCGGUGUAUAAAGAUUUGAAUUCUCAAUUAAAGAGACUAAAUCUCCGAAUCUCUCUGUAAAUUGUUUAUCAAACUAUAUUAUCUUUGCGCUCCGAACAUCGGAUGCUCCAAGUGAAAAACAUUUUUCUCGACUCUCUCGUGAAAAGUUUUCAAUCACAACGUAUUCAAAAAUCGAACAUUGACAAUAAAGUGAAGGUUGGCAGUUGGUUACAGCGAAGAUAUUAAGUUUUUCGCGCGGAUUACGUCGAUUAUCGUCGGCAAAAUUCUGUCUCCCGGGUAUCGCACGAGUCCUGGGGUGGCGGCAGAGGCGCCCGCGGGUGCCCGUAGCCCAGAGGAACCACCUGCGUCCACCGUAAUGACGGUCCAUCAUCAACAGAAUCACCACGUGGCCGCUCUAAGUGGCAUCGCAGUGGCCAACAACGGUCUAAAUCUCAGCAGAGUGUCCGGCCACGAGACCCAUCGGCCGGAGAACAUCGUUGACCGAAACGGCGGAAUGGAACGUUACUCCAACGGGCUCGACUCGCGCAACAACAAUCUCGGUAGCAACAAUAGUUUGGAGAGAAACGACGCGUCUACGACGAUGCCGCAGAGAUCGAGAUUCAUGAUCACCGAUAUAUUGGGCAACGCGUCAGGACUGUCCAGUCAGGAGCAACCUCCCGGAAGUCCACCUUCGGCGCCGCGGGAUCUCAGUGUUCGGCACCAGUCCAGAACGUCCUUGGGUAACAACAAUCCGGAUGAGGAUAGCGACACCAGUCAUCACGACGGCGCUUCCGUUAACUCCAACGGUAACAGAGAUGAUAAUUCCAACAACUCGUCCCCGGGUUCCAGGAGCGCUGUGCAGAAUAAAAAACAACGCAAAGCCAGAACCGCGUUCACGGAUCACCAGUUGCAGACGCUGGAAAAGAGCUUCGAGAGGCAAAAAUAUCUAAGUGUGCAAGAUAGGAUGGAAUUAGCUUCAAAACUGCAGCUGACCGACACUCAAGUAAAAACCUGGUAUCAGAACAGAAGAACGAAGUGGAAACGACAGGCAAUCGUAGGUUUUGAAAUUAUGGCGGAGAACAACUUCGCCGUGGCCGCGUUCCAGCAGCUGUACGGCAGCGGCGCGACGGCCAUUCCCACGCAUCCUGCCGCGGGUCGUUAUUGGCAAUAUACAAGCGCGCACACGUUACCUGCAAACGGAUUCUUUCCGUAUCAGCAAGCAUCGGCGGCGGCGACUCUGCAAAAGCCUCUCGCUUAUCGUUUGUAUCCGCCGACGAUGAUGCUGGCAGGGCCGAGCAAUCCCUUAGGACCAUUGACAGCGAGUUCUAGUUUGUCGUCUCUCAGCAACUAUUAUCGGGACUCGGAGAGUCUCGCUGACGGCCGCGACUCGACCGAGUCGAGUCGAGGAAGGAAGCGAGAAAGGAGUACGAGUCCGGAAUCGAGAGACAGAUCACCACCAAGAAAGUUGGCGAGGAUAUACCCGCCGUCGAUGAUACAGGUUACGUUUUCGACGAUGUUCCAGGGAGGUUCUAGCAACUCCCUCGGUUCGCUCGCAGCCGGCUCGAACCUACCGGACCUGAACAACUAUUACACCGGUCCGGAGACCGUAGACGCGCGGGAAGUCAUAAACCGAACGCGCCAGCGAGCCAGGAGCCAAAGUCAAGACAGGUCGCCCAUACAAAAAGAGGACAGCUCUCAGAGCAUAAGAGCUGAAAGCGAUGAAGAGAGCAUACAUGAUAUCUAGGGACUACAAGCACUCGGUCAACACAACUAUCUCAGUAUCAUGCAACUCUCGUCACGAUAGCUCACAGCUUGGCUUGAAGAGAAACUGGUCCAUAGAGACAGUCUUUUUUUCCCGACAACACACUGACUAGUGACUAUACAAGGGAAGGACUCGCUCAUUGAGAGAAAUCUACUUUGUACUCAGAAUCUGCAUGUGUAUUCUAGGGCAUAGGGUUAAAUCGUAUUGUAAAGAAGCGUGUUUGCGUGUGUGUAUAGUAUGUAUAGUGUGUGUAUAUAUAAAUAAAUAAAUAAAUAUAUAUAUAUUAUGUACGUAUGUAUGAAUGGAUAAAUUAAACUAGAUGUAAGUAGGUGUAAGUACCAAUAUUGAUAAUAUCUUGACACAUGUCAAAAACGUGAAAAUUAU